AGUCGAGCAGCAAGAGAAGCAGGCAGGCAUGGAGACGCUGCGCAUCAACAUCGAGUUCGGCGGCGGCACCGAGCUGCUCACCGCGACGCCCAAGCAGAAGACGCACGCGCUCACCGUGCCCGCCUGGGUCGACGACGCGGCCCUCGACGGCGUGCCCGUCACGGCACCCGCGCGCAGCGACGGCGACGCCACAGCAGCAGCGACAGAGGCCAAGCGGCGGCGCGCAGACAUGCGCUUCCUGCUGCAGUACGUCGCGCACAACGUGCUCGUCGAGCGGCCCGAGAUGCUCGUCGAGGGCGACGGCGUCCGCGCAGGCGUGCUGGUGCUCAUCAACGACUCGGACUGGGAGCUCGAGGGCGAGGGCGCCUACGUGCUGCAGGACGGCGACAGCGUCGCCUUCAUCAGCACGCUGCACGGCGGGUGAGAAUGCUCAUGACAUAUGACACAAGCGCAGCGCGUGCGUAGCGCCGGGCUUCGCUGGACGAGCUUCAUACUGUGGCCGGAUGCUCUCGUCGG